UUUGCAGAGCUCAUCGUCAAGGAGCCCCCGACUCCCAUCGCACCCCCACAGCUGCUGCGUGCGGGCCCCACCUACCUCAUCAUACAGCUCAACACCAAUUCCAUCAUUGGGGAUGGGCCUAUCGUGCGCAAGGAGAUCGAGUACCGCAUGGCGCGCGGCCCAUGGGCUGAGGUGCACGCCGUCAGUCUGCAGACCUACAAGCUGUGGCACCUUGACCCUGACACCGAGUAUGAGAUCAGCGUGCUACUCACACGCCCUGGGGACGGGGGCACUGGCCGCCCCGGUCCGCCGCUGCUCAGCCGCACCAAGUGCGCAGAGCCCAUGAGGGCCCCCAAAGGCCUGGCUUUCGCUGAGAUCCAGGCUCGCCAGCUGACGCUGCAGUGGGAACCUUUGGGUUACAACGUGACGCGCUGCCACACCUACACUGUGUCCCUCUGCUAUCACUACUCCCUGGGCAGCAGCCACAACCAGACCAUCCGGGAGUGUGUGAAGAUGGAGCGGGGUGCCAGCCGCUACACCAUCAGGAACCUGCUGCCUUACCGGCAUGUCCACGUGCGCCUCAUCCUCACCAACCCGGAGGGCCACAAGGAGGGCAAGGAGGUCACCUUCCAGACGGAUGAGGAUGUGCCUGGUGGGAUUGCAGCUGAGUCACUGACCUUCACACUGGAGGACAUGAUCUUCCUCAAAUGGGAGGAGCCCCAGGAACCCAACGGCCUCAUCACUCAGUAUGAGAUCAGCUAUCAGAGCAUCGAGUCGUCAGACCCGGCAGUGAACGUGCCUGGCCCACGACGCACUAUCUCCAAGCUCCGCAAUGAGACCUACCAUGUCUUCUCCAACCUGCACCCCGGUACCACCUACCUAUUCUCUGUGCGGGCUCGCACAGCCAAGGGUUUUGGCCAGGCAGCCCUCACUGAGAUCACCACCAACAUCUCAGCUCCAAGCUUUGAUUAUGCCGACAUGCCGUCUCCCCUGGGAGAGUCUGAGAACACCAUCACUGUGCUGCUGAGGCCGGCACAGGGCCGUGGUGCGCCCGUCAGCGUAUACCAGGUGAUUGUGGAGGAGGAGCGGCCGCGGCGACUGAGGCGGGAGCCAGGUGGCCAGGACUGCUUCCCAGUGCCUCUGACCUUCGAGGCAGCGCUGGCUCGUGGCCUGGUGUACUACUUUGGGGCUGAACUGGCAGCCAGCAGUCUGCCCGAGGCCAUGCCCUUUACUGUGGGUGACAACCAGACCUAUCGCGGCUUCUGGAACCCACCGCUUGAGCCCAGGAAGGCCUACCUCAUCUACUUCCAGGCAGCAAGCCACCUGAAAGGGGAAACCCGGCUGAAUUGCAUCCGAAUCGCCAGGAAAGCUGCCUGCAAGGAGAGCAAGCGGCCCCUGGAGGUGUCCCAGAGAUCAGAGGAGAUGGGGCUCAUCCUGGGCAUCUGUGCAGGGGGCCUUGCCGUCCUCAUCCUCCUUCUGGGGGCUGUCAUUGUCAUCAUCCGCAAGGGGAAGCCAGUGAACAUGACCAAGGCCACCGUCAACUACCGCCAAGAGAAGACCCACAUGAUGAGUGCCGUUGACCGCAGCUUCACGGACCAGAGCACCCUGCAGGAGGACGAGCGGCUGGGCCUGUCCUUCAUGGACACCCCAGGCUAUAGCCCCAGGGGAGACCAGCGCAGCAGUGGGGUCACUGAGGCCAGCAGCCUCCUGGGGGGCUUACCAAGGCGCCCAUGUGGCCGGAAGGGCUCCCCGUACCACACGGGGCAGCUGCACCCUGCGGUGCGUGUGGCUGACCUUCUGCAGCAUAUCAACCAGAUGAAGACGGCGGAGGGCUAUGGCUUCAAGCAGGAGUACGAGAGCUUCUUUGAAGGCUGGGAUGCCACAAAGAAGAAAGACAAGCUCAAGGGUGGUUGGCAGGAGUCAAUGCCUGCCUACGAUCGGCACCGAGUGAAACUCCACCCGAUGCUGGGAGACCCCAAUGCCGACUACAUUAAUGCCAACUACAUAGACGGCUACCACAGGUCAAAUCACUUCAUAGCCACUCAAGGGCCGAAGCCUGAGAUGAUCUACGAUUUCUGGCGCGUGGUGUGGCAGGAGCACUGUUCAAGCAUCGUCAUGAUCACCAAGCUGGUAGAGGUGGGCAGGGUAAAGUGCUCACGGUACUGGCCAGAAGCCUCAGACAUGUACGGGGACAUCAAGAUCACAUUGGUGAAGACGGAGACACUGGCUGAAUAUGUCGUGCGCACUUUUACCUUGGAGCGGAGAGGCUACUCUGCACGGCAUGAGGUCCGUCAGUUCCACUUUACAGCAUGGCCAGAACACGGCGUCCCCUACCAUGCUACUGGGCUCCUGGCCUUCAUCCGGCGUGUGAAGGCCUCCACCCCACCUGAUGCCGGGCCUGUAGUCAUCCACUGCAGCGCGGGCACUGGCCGCACAGGCUGCUACAUCGUUCUGGAUGUGAUGCUGGACAUGGCAGAGUGCGAGGGCGUCGUGGACAUUUACAACUGUGUGAAAACCCUCUGCUCCCGGCGUGUCAACAUGAUCCAGACCGAGGAGCAGUACAUCUUCAUCCAUGAUGCAAUCCUGGAGGCCUGCCUCUGUGGGGAGACCACCAUCCCUGUCAAUGAGUUCAAGGCCACCUACAGGGAGAUGAUCCGAAUUGACCCUCAGAGUAAUUCCUCCCAGCUUCGGGAAGAGUUCCAGACACUGAACUCAGUGACACCACCACUGGACGUGGAGGAGUGCAGCAUCGCCCUGCUGCCCAGGAACCGUGACAAGAACCGCAGCAUGGACGUCCUGCCACCUGACCGCUGCCUGCCCUUCCUCAUCUCCACCGAUGGGGACCCCAACAACUACAUCAAUGCGGCCCUGACUGAUAGCUACACACGGAGUGCGGCCUUCAUUGUGACCCUGCAUCCACUGCAGAGCACCACACCCGACUUCUGGCGGCUGGUCUAUGACUACGGGUGCACAUCCAUCGUCAUGCUCAACCAGCUGAACCAGUCCAACUCUGCCUGGCCCUGCCUCCAGUACUGGCCAGAGCCAGGCCGGCAGCAGUAUGGCCUCAUGGAGGUGGAGUUUGUAUCAGGCACAGCGGAUGAAGACUUGGUAGCCCGAGUUUUCCGGGUGCAGAACGUCUCUCGGCUGCAGGAGGGCCACCUGCUGGUGCGGCACUUCCAGUUCCUGCGCUGGUCUGCUUACCGGGACACGCCUGACUCCAAGAAGGCCUUCCUGCACCUGCUGGCCGAGGUGGACAAGUGGCAGGCGGAGAGCGGGGAUGGGCGCACCGUGGUGCACUGCCUAAACGGGGGUGGCCGCAGUGGCACCUUCUGUGCCUGUGCCACAGUCCUGGAGAUGAUCCGUUGCCAUGGCCUGGUGGAUGUUUUCUUUGCUGCCAAAACGCUUCGGAACUACAAGCCCAAUAUGGUGGAGACUAUGGAUCAGUACCACUUUUGCUACGAUGUGGCACUGGAGUACCUGGAAGGGUUGGAGUCAAGAUAGCGGGCCCCUGGCCUGGGAUCCCACUGUGCACUCAGGGCCAGGCCCGCCAUCCCUGCUGGCAAAGAGGACCUGUGCUCUCAACUCUUCUCAGCCAUAGUCCCAUGGGGAAAGUGUUGGAGUGGACGCUGGGUCACCUUAGUGGUUCCCAUGGUGGCUGUGGGUCAAGGAAGAGCUUAGCAAGGCUGUAGCCCAGCCCCACCCCCAAAAGGUCCUGCAGGCCUAUGGUGAGAGGCCUGACACAGUGACAGGGGCCAGAAGAGCCAGCUGUGGGGAACCCAGGCCAAGCCCCUUUGCUCCAUCCCAGCCCUUGGGAGAGAUGAGUGAGGCCCUGUAGAAAAUAUCCCAGGCCAAGGCUUCCACUGGGGGUGGCCCUUCUGUACAUGGAUGGGGUACAUUGGGACUUGGUGUCCUGAAUCCCUUCUGGUUGAGCCUCUGAGGGUCUGGGAAGGCUGGGGACACAUUGACAAUCCUCUUCAGGGGAGUUGCAUUGACCUCCUCCACCCCACUGUCCCCUAUAGUCGCCCAGUCCUGACUCACCACCUUCCCCACUUCUGCUUUCCUGACAUGGGCUCUGAGCUUCCCCUGGCCUUUAAGCCUCCAUGGCUUGGUCCUGCUCAGCUUGGGCCAGUGACAGUCUGCAAGGCCGAACCACAUUCCCUGGAGUCGAGGUCCCUAUGGCUCCUGGGCAGGCUGUCCCUGGGAAGGAGGCAGUGUUAGAGAGAGGCUGGGCACAACCAUUAGUGUUUGGAGGAAGAAGGGGUAUUAUGGG